ACACACCAACGUAUACACACAGGAGAGAAGCCUUACGUCUGCUCUGACUGUGGAAAAUGCUUCAAAACAUCAACGGAGCUAAAAGUUCAUCGGAGAACACACACAGGAGAGAAGCCGUAUUACUGCUCUGACUGUGGAACUAGUUUCUCUCAACUUUCCCACUUAAAUUCACAUGAACGUAUACAUACAGGAGAGAAGCGUUACUCCUGCUCUGACAGUGUCAAAUAUUUCAAAACAUCAAAUGAGCUAAAAGUUCAUCAGAGAACACACACAGGAGAGAAGCCUUACGUCUGCUCUGACUGUGGAAAAUGCUUCAAAACAUCAACUGAGCUAAAAGUUCAUCGGAGAACACACACAGGAGAGAAGCCGUAUUACUGCUCUGACUGUGGAACUAGUUUUUCUCAACUUUCCCACUUAAAUUCACAUGAACGUAUACAUACAGGAGAGAAGCCUUACUCCUGCUCUGACUGUGUAAAAUAUUUCAAAACAUCAUCUGAGCUAAAAGUUCACCAGAGAACACACACAGGAGAGAAGCCUUACGUCUGCUCUGACUGUGGAAAAUGCUUCAAAACAUCAACUGAGCUAAAAGUUCAUCGGAGAACACACACAGGAGAGAAGCCGUAUUACUGCUCUGACUGUGGAACUAGUUUCUCUCAACUUUCAAACUUAAAUUCACAUGAACGUAUACAUACAGGAGAGAAGCCUUACUCCUGCUCUGACUGUGUAAAAUAUUUCAAAACAUUAUCUGAGCUAAAAGUUCAUCAGAGAACACACACAGGAGAGAAGCCUUACGUUUGCUCUGACUGUGGAAAAUGUUUUAAAACAUCAAAUGAGCUAAAAGUUCACCAGAGAACACAUACAGGAGAGAAGCCUUUCUUCUGCUCUGACUGUGGGGCGAGUUUCUCUCAUCUGGGCACCUUAAAAACACACCAACUUAUACACACCGGAGAGAAGCCUUACGUCUGCUCUGACUGUGGAAAAUGCUUCAAAACAUCCACUGAGCUAAAAGUUCAUCAGAGAACACACACAGGAGAGAAGCCGUAUUACUGCUCUGACUGUGGAACUAGUUCCUCAAAAUUUUCCAACUUAGAAACACAUGAACGUAUACAUACAGGAGAGAAGCCAUACUCCUGCUCUGACUGUGGGGCGAGUUUCUCUCGUCUGGGCACCUUAAAAACACACCAACGUACACACACAGGAGAGAAGCCUUACGUCUGCUCUGACUGUGGAAAACGUUUUAAAACAUCAUCUCAGCUAAAAGUUCAUCGGAGAACACACACAGGAGAGAAGCCGUAUUACUGCUCUGACUGUGGAAAAUGCUUCAAAACAUCAACUGAGCUAAAAGUUCAUCAGAGAACACACACAGGAGAGAAGCCGUAUUCCUGCUCUGACUGUGGAACUAGUUUUUCUCAACUUUCCCACUUAAAUUCACAUGAACUUAUACAUACAGGGGAGAAGCCAUACUCCUCCUCUGACUGUGGAAAAUGUUUUAAAACAUCAAAUGAGCUAAAAGUUCACCAGAGAACACAUACAGGAGAAAAGCCUUAA